AUGGCUUCCUUGGAGGGGCGUGGGCGGUGGAAGAAGAAGGAGGGGGAGGAGUGUAGAAGGCGCCUUUGUUGGGAUGCAAAUUGCAGCAUCCCCAGGCUGUGUAGUGAAAAAAUACGGAUAUUGGGAGUACAAGAGGGUACACGGGGGCUAUACCUCACAGAAGCAGGGCGGGAAAACAAAACCGCUGUUGUGGUGGGUACAGUGACAGAUGACAUCCGCAUCCAGGAGAUCCCCAAACUGAAGAUUUGCGCCCUUAGAGUGACAAAAGUUGCUCGCACCCGAAUCCUAAAAUCUGGAGGACAGAUCAUGACUUUUGACCAGUUAGCUAUGGCUGCCCCAAAAGGCCAGGGAACAGUAUUGCUUUCUGGUCCCAGGAAAGCCCGGGAAGUCUACCGGCAUUUUGGCAAGGCUCCUGGCACCCCGCACAGUCAUACUAAGCCAUAUGUCCGGUCCAAGGGCCGUAAGUUUGAACGGGCUCAAGGUCGCCGUGCCAGUCGAGGCUACAAAAACUAG